UAAUUGGUCAGUCGGUGACUCAUACACAAGCACACCCAUCAGUAGAACCUGUGGACAAGACACGGCGUGACAUUUCUCUCUCUUCACUUGACUCGGCGGCAAAUCGGUGCGUUCUAUCCACUCUCAAUUACCUGCACUUUCCAAGUAGAACCAAGAUGGCGGACAUCCAGGCACUGUUUGACAAGUAUGACGAAAACAAGGACGGGUCCAUCUCUGCACAGGAGCUGAAGAACGUGGUGAAGGAGAUGGACCUCCCCUGGACCAACAAACUAGUCUCGGCCAUGAUCAGGGAACGCCAGCGCAAUGCGGACGGAGUCAUGGAUCUUAAAGACUUCACUCGAGUCGUGAAAUCCUUGGAGGAGAUAAAGAAGGCUUUAAGGAACCCGGAUGAGACUCAGGAAGCGAUGGUGGCCGCUUUCAACAAGAUAGACAAGAACGGCGACGGUUCCCUGUCCCAGGAAGAACUGAAGGAAGGCAUGUCGGGAGUGGUCGGGAUGGAGCUGUCCCCGGAGACCAUCGCGGAGCUGGUCCGGAUCGCUGACUCCAACUCCGACGGCCAAGUGGACAUCGAGGAGUUUGUGAAGAUGGUCACAAGUUUCUUCUGAUGCGUCACCAUGUUGACACGCCAUAUAAGGAUCUAUUCUACAUUGGUAUACACUACAAUACCAAGAUGAGCUUUUGGUGAUAUUCUAGUGAUUUUCAGAUCUCCUUUUUUAAAGAAGAUAUAGCAUUGUAAUAAGCUAUUAAAGUGGGUCAAACCAUUCUAUCCCAGAUUCUGUCAAAACUUCGGUUUCUGAUUACAAAUACACAAUACCGCUCGGGUAGGUAACAUGUGGGAACGAAAGGUCAGGUACGGUCAUCAGUUAUCAUCAUGCAAUACUAGCAAACUAUGUUUAUGGUGUUGGGGACUUGCUAUGGGAAAAUAAAACAUAAUAUCGGAA